GGCAGAAUCCCUCCCACACAAAACGCUUCUAACUUAGGCCGCGCACACAGACUAACGCCACUGGGCCGACAAAGACAAACCCUCACAAACAUUCAUAUUCCGUCCUACUGACUUCUCCGGACUUCGGAAGGUUUCCCGAGAUCCGCAUCAAAAACUUGGUGGGCGCUCGUCAAACAUCAUAUCCCAGCCCCAUCACCAGAUCAGCAUCUCUACAACCGCCAUGUCCGAAAGAGGCCAUUUCCGUGGAGGCGGCGGCCGAGGAGGCGGUGGAGGUCGUGGUGGUAGGGGCGGAGGAAGAGGAGGUGGUGCUGCAUCUCAACAGACCAAUCAGCCUCACGAAAAGCCCAAGAAGGAAAACAUCCUCGAUUUGACAAAGUAUAUCGACAAACAGAUCAACGUCAAGUUCAACGGAGGAAGAGAGAUUGUCGGCACCCUCAAAGGCUACGACCAGUUGAUGAAUCUUGUCUUGGACGACGUCAAAGAGACUAUGAGAGAUGAUGAAGGUAACGAGACUACUCGAUCUCUGGGCUUGAUAGUAGCCCGUGGCACAUUGCUCGUCAUGGUUUCACCUACGGAUGGGAGCGAAGAAAUCGAAAAUCCUUUUCAACAGCCAACAGAGGAAUGAAACCCAUUCACAACGAUCCUCGCCUCGCCUCGCCUCGCCACGCUAUGAAGAUGGGAGAACUCCGAGAAAAUCUCUAGAAGAAGCUCCGUGGGUCUUUCAGCAUUCUGAUGACAGGAAUCGAAUCCGCGGCCGCGCCGAAUGGCAAGGCAUCCGGGCCCUUUAGACAGUACGUCUCGGAUGCAGCACCGUCCUGUGAUAGAAUCAGAAGCUUGGAAACCGAGUGCAAUGGAGAUUAUGAUUUUUUUGCUCUUCCGUCUCUGCUCUCUAUAUUCAACAUGUUUAGAUUCUGGCUUCCUCUCACCAGGAACAGCCAGUCACUUAAACGUUAGGGAUUUUGGUUAAG